CAGCGGUAAACUGCUGGCAAUUUUCACCACGGCAAUGGCGGCAGGGUUAAAAAGUUCGUCAUAAUUUUUUAGAAAAAAUCCCUUUCCUGACUACCAGCCAGCAUGAACGAGCCUUCGGUGGAGUUUAAGCGAAACGAUAAAUCUCUGGGAUUGCUGACGAAGCGUUUUGUAGCGCUACUGCGUCAGAGUGAUGAUGGAAUAUUGGAUUUAAGACAUGCAGCUGAUGCACUCUGUGUUCGGCAAAAGAGGCGCAUAUAUGACAUCACAAAUGUCCUGGAGGGCAUAGGAUUGAUUGAGAAGAAGAGCAAAAAUAGCAUUAGAUGGAGGGGAUCCGUGCAGCAACCAAGCACCAAUCGCAAGGUGAUGCACCUGCAAUCGGUGGCGAGUUCACUGAAGGAAGAGGAAGAUGAACUCACAGAACAUUGCAUGUAUAUGAGGCAGAACCUGAAGAACAUCCUCGGGGACACAGUCAAUCAGUCCUAUGCCUAUGUGACGCGAGAUGACCUCCUGGAUUGCUAUGGGGAGGACAAUGUGAUGGUGUUAAGAUGCUCGGAGAAGAUGCAGCUGUCUGUGCCACUUAAAAGUGAAGCGGAAGAGAGUGAAUGUGCCUUGCAGAUUUCAUCCCAGAUGCGAGAAAUUGAUGUGCGCCUCCUGACCAAGCAGGGAAGGUCAUUGGUGCAGAAGAGCACCCUUCCAUCCAGCGAAUAUGGUAGCAGGAUAAAGCAAGAGCCGGUAGACAAUGAGCUAAACAGCCCUAAAAGGAAUGCUGAAGAUGAUGAUGUUAAGCAUGCGCUGCCUGCCAAAAGACGUCCCGGACGACCGCGGAAAGUGAAGAAAGUACCAGACUACGAGAGUGAUGAAUCCGACUCGGAAGAACGCAGAAAGACAGCAGAGAUUCUUCUCAAUCAUACCAAUAAGGAAGUCAAUAGAUUUAAGGUUCACAAUUUCGACAAGUUCAGCGGAGAUCUACCCUUUGUGAAGCUAGAACGUCCCGUCCAUACAGCAUUCACCUUCUCCCUGGGAAGCAAUGAGGGCAUCACUGAUAUCUUCGACAUUCCCAACCAAGAGCAGUGAGACAAUGUUUGUGGCACUGGAGGAAUGGUCCAAAAAUGGUACAAAAAAAAUUGUAGAGGGAAAUAAAAAAUCCACAUAUUUUGCUUAUUCGA